AUGAACGAAAAUGAAAAUGAAUUAAUAAAAAUUAGUGUAAGGGAUAUAACUAAACAAGAUAAAGAAUCAUUUGAAAAGAAUGGAUUUUUAGUUCUAGAUAAUAUUAUACCAAAUCAAUCAGAUAUUGAAAAAAUAAAAAAUCAUUCAGAAAAUUGUUUUAAUGGUAUUUUUGAUAAAUCUAUUACACCAGAUGAUGUAACAUGGAGACCAAAUUUCUCACCAAAUGACUUAACAAGAGAGUUGGUAAAUAGCUGGAAAUCAGAUUCAAUAUUAGCCCAACUAGUACUUAAUGAAAAUAUUGGAAAAUUAGCUUGCGAGUUAUUGGGUUCUGACUCAGUUCGUAUCGCACAAGAUGAUAUCUUUUGGAAACCAGUUAAUGGAAAACCAAUUGGAAUGCACCAAGAUUUACCAUAUUUUGAAUGUGCUACAAAAAAAGUAAUAACAGUUUGGAUUGCAUUGACAGAUGUUAGUAAAGAGAAUGGUACAGUUGAAUUUGUGGAGGGUAGUCAUAAAUGGAAAGAUUUACCAGCAGAUAUUAAUGAUAGUAAUUCAAAUGAAGAAUUUCAUAAUCCAAAGAAUUAUUUAAGAGGUUUACAAAAUGCUGCAAAAUUUAAUGAUAUUGAAUCCACUGAUAAUUUACCAAUUCACUAUGUUACUGUUAAAGCAGGUGGUUGUUCAAUUCACCAUGGUAAAUUAUGGCAUGGUUCAAAUACAAAUCCAUCAUCAUUUAAAGGUCGUAUGGUAGUUGCAAUUCAUUUCAUCCCAGGUGAUAGUGAAUUUAAUCCAAAUUUAAAACCACAUUUCCAUUUUGGUCGUUAUAAAAUAUAUGGUUCAAAUAAAUUAGAAGAAUCAUUUUAUCCAAUUACAUUUUCUAAAAAUGGUUAUAAAUCACCAAUUAUUCCAAGUUUAAUGAAAAAAUAA